GUGAGGAGAACCGGAUCCAUGUUUGUCGGUCUUUUGGGCUGAGGGCUGGCAGCAUGUCGGCGAUUGGGGUUCAUUUCGGUUAUACAUCCGCUUGUGUGGCGAUAUUUAAGGAUGGACGGGCUGAUGUGGUGGCUAACGAUGCAGGAGACAGAGUAACGCCAACUGUGGUGGGCUACAGAGACACUGAACAGAUUGUAGGUAUAGCAGCAAAACAGGGACGGGUCCGCAAUGCUGCCAGCACAGUCAUCAAAGUGAAACAAGUGCUCGGGAGAAGCUUUGAUGACCCAGAGAUACAAAGGCACAGAACGGAGACCAAAUGUCAGGUUGUCAGCAGAGAAAACAAACCUUUUUAUGAGAUCACAUCAGGACAGCAGCCAAAGUAUGUUGCUCCAGAAGAUGUCGCAAAGCUCAUCUUCCAGAAAAUGAAAGAAACGGCUCAGUCGGCUCUGGGAGGCUCGGAUGUAAGUGACGCUGUCAUUACUGUUCCCUCAGAGUUUGCACAUGCUCAGAAGCGUGCUCUUAGGAACGCGGCUGAAGCUGCAGGGUUCAAUGUCCUGAGGCUAAUCCACGAGCCUGCUGCUGCUUUGCUGGCCUAUGACAUCGGACAGGAGUCGCCGUCAGGGAAGAGUCACGUCCUCGUCUACAAGCUCGGUGGGACGUCCCUGAGCGUGACAGUGCUGCAGGUCAAUGGAGGAAUGUUCCUGUGUUGCAGCGCUCACACUGACCACAGCAUCGGAGGAGAGGCUUUCACUCAGGCCUUAGCGCAGCACCUCGCCUCAGAAUUCAAACGCACGUUUAAGCACGAUGUGAGCUCUAAUCCUCGGGCUAUGUUGAAGCUGAUGAAUGGUGCAGAGAUGGCUAAGCACUCCCUGUCCUCGCUGGGUUCAGCCAACUGCUUUGUUGACUCCCUUCAUGAUGGUAUCGACUUCGAGUGCAGCGUCUCGAGAGCUCGAUUUGAGCUGCUCUGCUCUUCACUCUUCAACAAAAGCAUCCAGCCAAUCAAAGCCGUCCUCGAGGAGGCGGGUCUUACACCUCACAACAUUAGCAAGGUGGUUCUUUGCGGCGGCUCGGCCAGAAUUCCUCGUCUGCAGCAGAUGAUCCGUGAAAUGUUUCCGGAUGUGGAGCUUCUCAACGCGGCACCUCCUGACGAGGUCAUCGCUGUGGGCGCAGCCCUGGAGGCGGGCCUGCUGGUCGGCAGAGAUGGCCUUACCCCAGAGGAAGACUCUGUCACAGUGGAUGUGUCUUCCAUUGACGUACUAGUAAAAGAGGAGAUGGAUGAGUCUGGAGCUGAGAUGUUCACGGUUCUCCUUCCUGUGGGCACACCCCUCCCUGCCCACAGACAUCACAUCCUCAGGGGGGACGGAAAACUGUCCUCGCUGUGUUUGGAGAUUUACCAGCGAUUCAUCACAGAGCAGCCGGAGAAGCUGUCCAAGAUUGUUUUUAGAGACCUGCAGCCCACAGAGGAGAGUCACAGCAUUGACACUGUGGUGACCAUGAAAAGCGAUGGCUCCAUUCAUCUUUCCUGUGUAGAACAGGGCACUGGAAGGUCAGAGGUCGUCACCAUAGCAGCUGCAUCGUGACGUGUUUUCCAAAAAACAAACGAAGCAUGGUCUCAGUGCGAUGUUAUUUUCUGUUUUUUACCCAAUAAACGUAUUAAACGUG